GCCUGUGCUGAGGAAUUAUCUGCUGUCAGGACCCGUUGGGACGCUGCUGUGCCAACAGGGACUGGAGCGGGACGGUGGAGCUGAGCCAUGCUGUCCGCCGCCAUUCAGAUUCUGGCGUUUGCCCUGGCGCUCCUGGGCGUCCUUGGCGCCACCGUAGCCACUCUGCUACCCAACUGGAAGGUGAGCAUCAACGCCUGGUCCAGCAUCAUGACCCCCAUCUCGCAGAUGCAGGGUCUGUGGAUGGACUGCGUCUGGUACAGCUCCGGCGUCUUCAGCUGCACCAUGAAGAACUCGGUGCUGUCGCUGCCGGCGUACCUGCAGACCACACGGGCUGCAAUGGUUCUGUCCUGCAUGGUGGCGUUGUUUGGACUCUGCCUCGCCUCCCUGGGGCUCAAAUGUACCCGCUGGGGGGGCGACCACCGGGCAAAGGGGCAUACAGCCAUCGCUGCAGGGGGCUGCUUCAUCCUGGCCAGUUUCCUCUGCCUCGUCCCUGCGUCCUGGUUCACCAACGAAGUCAUCACAGUCUUCCUGACCACGGACCUGCCGGACAGCAGCAAAUAUCAGCCUGGAGGAGCUCUGUGUGUGACGUUCAUCUCCGCUGGUUUCCUCCUCGCUGGGGGGGUCAUUUUUUGUUUGUCAUGUCCUGGAAAAAGAACGAGACGACCGGACUACACUUCCUCCGAUGGCGGUGACAGACCUGUGCUGUACUAUGACGAGCAGCGGAGGCGGGAUCAACCAAAAAAAAGACAUAACAAAAGUGUCCAGCUGCAGAUGGACGAGGCGAAGCAAGAGAAACCUGAGCAGGAGCAGAGGCUCCACUCGUCUCCUCCGGAGGACGUCAGGGACAGCUACAGUCUCCAAGAGUAUGUUUAGUCCUCAACCCUCAGAUUCUGUGGCUGGAGGGAAGACGCAGGGCAGCUGGGGGACAAGUGUUUGACUGAUUCAGUCCAAUGUCUCAAAAAUGAGACGACAACAAAAGAACACGGUGGAAAAAUAAAUAG